GACUCUGCAUUGGACUAUUAUAUAUCAGUAAUAUUGUUAUUUUUUCCGCCACGCUGCUGACUAAUAAUAACUGAAAUAACAGAUCCAACUGUAUAUACAAUACAUGCUAUUCAAUUGUUGAAGGAAGAUGUCUAGUGUGGUGGAGUCUAAGAGUGAUGGUUGUUAUUAUUCGGUGCUUGGGGUUCGCAAGCACUCAACCGAUCACGAAAUUCGUUGCGCUUAUCGUAAGAUGGCUCUGAAAUGGCACCCUGAUCGGUGGAUCAAAGAACCAAAGCUUGCGGUGGAAGCAAAGAAACAGUUCCAGCAUAUUCAAGAGGCUUAUUCAGUUUUGUCUAAUAAAGGGAAGAGAAUGAUAUAUGACGCGGGAAUGUUUGGUUUUAUUGGAGAAGACGAUGAUGAGGUUUGUUAUGGAUUUGUUGAUUUCAUGCAAGAAAUGGUCUUGACAAUGCAGAAAGUGAAACACCAGGGUGAGAAAUGCAUGAUGGAGGAUUUUCACGGAAUGCUAAUGGAUAUGAUAGCAGAAAGUGAUGAAGGGAGGGGCAAAUCCGGGUUAUGUUGGAGCUCCUCUAAUAGUCCUAAGAAAAAGACACGUAUCUUAUAGUAAUUAUAAGUUUAUAACAACUCUGUAAUUAGAAUUAAAUAAUCAAUUAUUUUGAUUACUCAUCACAAUUCAGCAAUCUAC